CCUUGAUGGCUUUGAGUAGCCUAAAAUUCGAGGGUUAAUAAUUGUUCAUGUCAUGUGAUUGGAUGCGCUAGGGUUUUUCUCGCUUCCCAACCCACAUUCUGCAAAUUCGACUUGACUUGGGACUUCGAAAUUUAGAUUUCCACGACAACAACGACAAUCGAAGAACCUCAGCAACCAGUAAGUCAUAAUCAUACGGUCAUAAAAAUGUCUACGAAUAGUUACUGAUUUCAUUUGCGAUUCUAGUGCAGAUGUAAGAGACCCCACGAUAUUACACUCAUUACUUUCCGUAUGAUCAUGCGAUUCGGAAAUCGAUAGAUCGCUUGCGACGUUUAAAAUGCGAAUUGGAGGGCAGCACUGAUGAUAUAAUAAUAGCUUCGUCAAGACCCUUACGGGCAAGACCAUCACCCUUGAGGUCGAGUCCUCUGACACUAUCGACAAUGUUAAGGCCAAGAUCCAAGACAAGGAGGGAAUUCCUCCCGAUCAACAACGUUUGAUCUUCGCUGGAAAGCAACUUGAGGACGGACGUACUCUUUCAGACUACAACAUCCAAAAGGUACGAAUAUUUCACACUCCGGACCGAAUCGAGAAGUUUGGAUAGAUUUAUGGGGAUCUUUAUCGCGAACAGAUGGUUAUAUGAGAGGAGUUGUGGGAUGAGAGUUUGGGGCCCGAUUAAUUGACAUAAUGUUUUACAGGAAUCUACCCUCCACUUGGUCCUCCGUCUCCGUGGUGGUCUCAUCGAGCCAUCUCUCAAGGCCCUUGCCUCCAAGUUCAACUGCGAAAAGAUGAUCUGCAGAAAGUGCUACGUACGUCUUUCGAACUUUCAGCGUUAUCCAGCAGGCCAAUACUAAUUACCAAAUUUAGGCCCGUCUCCCUCCCCGUGCUACCAACUGCAGAAAGAAGAAGUGCGGACACACCAACCAACUCCGCCCAAAGAAGAAGCUCAAGUAAAUGUUUCGCUCUUAUGGCGUUUGGGUUCACAGGGAGAUUGUGGAAGGGAGGAUUGGUGCGCCGAUAUAUCGAUGGAUUAUUUACAUGGCCAGCUCUGUAUUUGAGAACAAUAGCAUGAGGCAAAUGAAGCAAUGAGACGAUUAUUCAGCACACCAAUAAUAAAUAUCUUCAACACAUUUUCAUGUGC